CUUGCACCUGGCCUUCCCCCUAACUUUGCCGAAGAUGAGACAGCCCGUUUACGCCAUGAGGCUGAAAUUUUGGCUGCCAAGUCGGCCGCUUUAGACGCUGAACGUAAACUUCUUGCGGCAAAAUUGGCCGUCCUUGCUGCAACCACUAAGCCUAACAUCGGCUCAAGAACACUCGAAGGCGGAUUAACACUCACUAUUGCCCCUGACCCUGCAGUUCUAUCUUAUGGGCCUUCUGCGUCUUCUGAGACGCCUUUGCGUACAGAUAUCGCCACUCCAGCUGUUUUACCUGCUCCAUUAGUAGAUUUACCUGACUUCAACCUUGGGCCACCUUUCGAAUUUAUUACGCGUCUUCAAUCCAUGAUUGCUAAUUCUGCGCUCUCUGCCACUGGAGACGUGUUAACACGUGGACGAACAAAUCUACCACUACAAGCACAACAGCCGCACCCACCACCACCACAACCGUUCGCCCAAACCAAGGCAUCUGAAUCGUCAGAAGUAGUCAGCUCUGGGCCAGUCACUGGUUUUUCCAAUGGGUGGGCUUCAGUGGUACGUCACUCUGGUUCACUUGAUUGCUCUAAUAAUUGCCCCACAUCUGGACCACUAGAAUUCGAACUAUCAUCUGGCAUGACGUCUUCUGCUUCUAUUAUUUAUGCUGAACCUAUUGUCCCGACUUCCAGUACCAAAAGCACAGAGUUGUCAACUACCUCACCAGAAUCGGCUGAUGCUCUUGGUGGUGGCAGUGAGUGUGAUUCGGGCGACCCCACUGGCCUUCAUUCGGCCCCAGAUGAGGCCCUGAGCCAUGCUAAGAAAAAAAAGAGAAAACGACAGAAGUCCCACCAGCUCUUUGCUCAAGCGGAAACUUCAGCCCCAACCAAUGCAUCAAGUGAGAAUGAUCGCAAGCUUAUGCAAUCCAGCCCUUCCAAAGGUGAUGUGACUCCGCAAUAUUUACCUUCUGAUCGUUGUGAAUAA